AUGACGUCCCACACUGAUGCUGCCCGCAAUGAGGCGAACCCUUGGCGAGUAUUCAUUGCUGGCGGUUGCUAUUCUGGUCUGUCGGCGGCCAUCCAUCUGCUUGAUAGAUGUGACAGUGUUCCCGAGAAACCCGUGCAUGUCGCUAUCACCAUUGUUGAUGAGCGGGAUGGCUUCUACCAUGUGAUCGGCUCGCCGUUGGCCCUUGCUGAUAAGAAGUACGCUGAGAAGGCCUGGGUAGAAUACAAGGAUGUCAAGAUCCUCCAAAGGCCCGACGUCCAAAUCGUCCAUGGCAGCGUGACAAAGGUUGAUCCUACCUCAAAGACUGCCACCAUUCGCGAAUCCAGCAACAACUCCGAACGUACCGAGUCCUACGACUUCUUCAUCGGCGCGACCGGCUUGCGGAGGGUAUGGCCCGUCGUACCCCAAGCACUCAGCAGGAAGACCUACCUCACCGAGGUAAACAGGCAUAUUGAUGCUGUGACAAGCAGUGCUGACCCUGUGCUUGUUGUCGGUGGAGGCGCCGUUGGUAUCGAGAUGGCUGCGGAGCUCAAGACGGUCCAGCCCAAUGUAAAGGUUACUCUGGCGCACUCGAGAGCGAAACUUCUCUCGUCGGAGCCGCUCCCGGACAUGGUUAAGGACUGCGCCUUGGACCUCGUCCGUGAGUCUGGUGUUGAUCUUCUUAUGGAGCAUAGGCUGGUGAAGAGCACACCGAUCAAGAAUGCCGCAGGCCAAGACGCGUACGAGGUCGAGUUUGAGAACGGCCAUAAAAUGUUGGCAAGCGUGGUAGUCAUGGCUAUCUCCAAGAGUGUGCCAUCAACAGACUUUUUGCCCAAGGAGGCGCUCAAUGAGGAGGGGCUAGUGAACAUUCUGCCUUCGCUGCAGCUUUCCAGCAAGGAAAUCCCUAACGCGGAACGCCACUUUGCCGUUGGCGACUUGAUUAACUGGUCAGGCAUCAAGCGUUGUGGUGGUGCCAUGCACGAGGGCAAGUACGCCGGUCUCAACAUCCACCAAAUGAUGAUGCACGAGAUGGAGGGCAAGGACAUCAAGUUUAACGAGAUUGACGAGAUACCGCCCAUGAUCGGCCUUGCUGUAGGCAAGAAGGCUGUAUCGUAUGGUCCCGAGGGAAUGAACUCCGGCAAGCAGGUGAUGCACUCAUUUUUCGAGGAGGAUUUAGGAUUCAGAAUCUGUUGGGAUCACCUUCGCCUGGGCGGAAACCCUGCUUAA